AGGGUUUGUGACAGAAGAGAGUCGGGUGACGGUGGAGAAGCAGCCAGACGAUGGCGGAGGCAUCGCAGGAACUCUUCUCGGAGCAGGAGCUGACCUGCUCCAUCUGCCUGGACCUGUUCACCGACCCGGUCUCUACGCCCUGCGGACACAACUUCUGCCAGGUGUGUAUCGGUGGGUACUGGGCCUCCAGUCCGGUGUGCACGUGUCCACUCUGCAAGCGUCAGUUCGAGGAGCGUCCUCUGCUCAGCAUCAACAAGGUCUUUGCUCUCAUCUCAGACAAGUUCAAGCAGACCCGUUACGGCGCCAUGGGCCUCUCGGCGCCCGUUAGGAACGGGUCGGUGGACGCCAUGUACGACGACAGCACCACCGACCCCUUCCUGUCGCCACCUGAGAACACGAAGGCGACGGCUGAAGAUGUGGUGUGGUGUGACGUCUGCACGGGGAUCAAACAGCCGGCCAUCAGCUCCUGCCUCACCUGCACCGCCUCCUACUGCACCGAGCACGUGCAGCCGCACCAUACCUCCACCUUCUACUCCAAACACCCGCUGAUGGACCCACAAGAGGCCCUGCGGGGCCGGACCUGCUCCCAACACCACCGCUUACUGGAGGUUUACUGUAGGACAUGUCAGUACUGCAUCUGUGCCAUCUGCUUCCUGAACGAACACAGGACCCACAAAACGGUCUCGGUCCAGACAGAGAGACAGGGCAAACAGAAACUGGUGGCGAGGACGGAGCAGGAGAUUGUGAACCGGAUCAAGGAGAAGGAGCUCCGUGUGGGCGAGAUAAAGAGGAAGCUGGAGGGCGUGCAGAGCUACGCGGACAAAGAGCGAGGUGAAGUGGAACACCUUCUGGACGAAGUGUCCGCCUCUCUAGACAGGAUCCGGACCCAGGUGGUGGGUGGGAUCCAGAACCAGCUGGAGGCCGUGACGUCAAAGGGGGAGGGCAUCAUGAAGCGUCUGGAGGCAGAGCUUAGCCAGCUGAUGGACAGGAGGGCCACGCUGGAGGUCCAGGCCAUCAGCCAGGAUCACAUCAGCUUCCUGCAGAGCUACGAGGACGCCACGGCUCCUCUGGAGGAUGGCAAGCAGGAGGACGUGGACGAGGACUCGGAGCUGUCCCUCCACUUCCAGCUGGAGGACUUGAAGAACAGCCUGACCGAGCUGAAGGACAAGACCGAUGAAAUCCGGACUGGGGAGGUCCGCUCCAGGGGGUCCAGAGGUUCUCGAGGUUCCAGAGAUUCCUCCUCCUCCGGAGACCUGCUGGCUGCUGAGAGCAUGAUGAGCCUGAGGGGUAGCAAGGCCAGUCUGAGGAUGAGCCAGUGGUCCUUGAAAGACAUGAAGAAGAGCAAACAGGUCUCAGGUCCGAAGAAGGCCCGAGCCUACAUGGAGGACGUGACCUUGAACCCGGUGACGGCGUACCCGUUCCUGAUCCUGUCUGAAGACAGGAAGCAAGUGAAGAGGGGCGAGAAGCUGCAGUUCUUCAGGAACAGCAACCAGAGGUUCGAUGUGUGGUCCUGCGUCAUCGCCAAGGAGGGCUUCAACUCUGGACGCCACUACUGGGAGGUGUUUGUUGGUGAGAACAAGGACUGGAAGCUGGGCGUGGUCAGCGAGUCGGCUCAGAGGAAAGGCCUGUUCGACAUGAGUCCACCCAACGGUUUCUACGCCAUCUGGUGGAGCAGCAGCCAGCUACGAGCACUCACAGCCCCUCCGCUCACCAAGGUCAAAGGUCACCACCCGAAGCUGAGACAGGUGGGUGUCUUCUUGGACGCGGAGGAGGGACAGGUGUCCUUCUACAACGUGAAGACGGGGACAGAGAUCUACAGCUUCCACUCCAACUCAGAGUUCACGGAGAGGAUGUUCCCUCUGUUCGGAACUGGAGACAAAGAGAUCCCUCUGAUCCUCAUGACCACACAGUGACACCUGGCCUGACGGAGCGGGUCCUCAACCAGAACCAGACUUGCGUGAAGACUGAGCAGAUGGAAGAUGAAGAUUUAUAACCUGAACCUCCACAGAUAAAAACUCGUCCUCGGUUCUGAUCAGGUUCUGGUAUAAACACAGGAUUUUUACAAAAUCAAACUGCAGAUGAACACGAGUUUAAUAAAAUAUAUUUUUAACGGCAACAAAUAAAAUUAUUUACAUCUGAAGAUUUUCUCAUCGGACGGAUGAUCCUGUUCAAUAAGACAGAAAUCCAGUUAUUUUAAAAAUAAAAUAAAAAGCUGUAUAUAGUAACUCUUUUCUGCGUUUCAACCUGUACGGAAGUCUGUUAGUGCCAGACAAGUUACAACCUGUUAAAACUG